AUGAAGCCCCACUGGACAUCAGCUCAGCUUAAUGUAUCAUCGAACGAUUCAUUUGUCAGUUCAUUAAUCGAAGAACUAAAGACAAUAAAUUUAGGUAAUAACGUAAAUAGUUUAGAUGGUGUAUUUUCCUUGCUAGGAGACUCCAGUAAACAAUCGACUAAUAAUUCAGGCCAAUCGAACGGCUGGUCUAAGCUCCCAUUGUGGGGCGAUCCACAAAGUCCGACCCCAUCCAUUAAAACCCAAUACCAUAGCGCCAGUAGUCACACUAACAGCAAAGAAUCGCUGUGGCAUUCCACCCAAUCGUCACCAAACAGUAAUCUUAGAGAACAAUCGCAAUCAUCAACCAGUCAGACAUGUAUGUGGGAAAAUCCGAUAACCAAUAAAAUAACCCAGCCAUCGUUGAAUUACUGCAAAGAUCCGAUCGGUUCGAUUUGGACAUCGCCGACCGCGGCCAAUUACACCCAAACGAAUCAGUCCACCAACAAUUCCAAUAAAAUGUCAAAUAUUUGGGAAACAUCGACGCCCAAUUCAACGAUGUCAUCGUACGGUAACGGAAAUGCCGGCACCGCAUUCAAUCAAUCGAUCAAAUCGGAUGGAAAUCAAGUCAAUGUGAACAAUAGUCAUAGACUCGUUCGUCCGCAAGAUAUCUCUUGUGAUGUAUGGAGCAAUCAUAACGGUGCUCUUGGUGUAAACAAAGCCAAAGAACCCGUCGGUUCGUUAUGGGCAACACCGACGACAAAUUCAAUAGCCGGCAAAGGUGCUGGUAAUAUGAAUAAUAAUAAAAAUACCACCAAGCCAAUUGUGAAGUGUUUGAAUUUCGGUACCAGUUCGGCUCAUUCGAAUUUGGUGACGUCAUCGACGACAACCGUUUCGAAUUCGAAUGCUACUAAUUCCAUUACUAAUAAUAAUAAUCAACAACAACAACCACAAUCGACUGCUGCCAGUUCAUGUUUGCAAUUGUUCUCUGACGAAUUUCUAAACUAUUUAAAUAUGAUUAAUUAG